UUACACACUGACUUUUAUUUUAAUUGUAUUGUUUUUUGGAAUAUGAUUAAAUUCUUCAGAGGAGGCCUGCGUCGUGUCUGUUGUUCAGAUGCAAAGAGGUCUGCCCUCGGUCGACUGAGUAACAUAACAAGAAUCUGGUUUUCCCCACUGCCCGCGAAAUCCAAAUGGAUUCAACCCUGCACCGUUCAUUACAUGGAAAACGACCAGCAGAAGGAGACGCACAUUGUUAAAGUACUGGACGGUGUCUUGGUGCUGCUCUAUAACAAGUCUCGGGAUAAAUUAAUUUUUGUGCGGCAAUUUAGGGCUUCGGUUUACCAAGCUCUCAUGAACUACCAUCAGCCAACAGCCACGGGCGAUGUGGAUCUGCAAAAGUUUCCGCCAGAGCUGGGCUUCACGCUGGAGCUGUGUGCGGGCCAAGUCGACAAGGACAAGAGUCUGGAGGAUAUAGCACGGGAAGAGAUUCUCGAGGAAUGCGGCUACGAUGUGCCCGUCGACAGCAUGCAGACGAUAUAUCAGUACAGAUCCGGUGUGGGUGUUUCCAGCGGCGCGCAGGCCUUAUUCUAUUGCGAGGUGUGCGAUGAACAGAGAGUUUCCUCAGGCGGUGGUGUAGACAGGGAGGUAAUACAGGUCGUUGAGAUGUCGCUAGAUGAGGCCAAGAAGCUGGUCGAAACAGGCAAUAGAACAAACGGCGGACCAGCGCUGCUUGUGGGCGUGAUGUGGUUUCUGCUCAACAAAGCACCAAAAUCUACAUAAUGACAUUCAAACAUUAGUGUGACCAUGCCACGUUCUCAGUUAAAUGUCAUAAAGCAUUGUUGUUGUUUGUUGUCGG